AUCACUGUGCAUGUGGCACACACUGUAGAACAGCUCCCACUGGCUGGCAGUGUGGAGCAGGUGCAGAGGGGAGGCAGAGAUCCCUGGAUGGAGGGGUGUGGUGGAUCUCAGUUUUGAGGCUGAGAGUCCUCUGGCGCCUCCCACAGAGCUACUGGAGAGACUGCCUAGCUAUGAUUGGCUUCUUCAAGGGGGCAGAGGACAGAUAUUCUUCCCGCCUUCUGAGGUCCUGGGGAGGCCCCAGGAGCAAAGGUCCUGGUCCUCAUUAUUGGAACACAGAGUCCCUGUGAUGACAGAGCAGGUGGCCCGGGAAGCCCUCCUCAGCUUCGUGAACUCUAAAUGCUGCUACAGCAGCACAGUGGCUGGAGACAUCAUCAUCCAGGAGCUGAAGCAGCAGACCCUCUGCAGGUAUCGACUAGAGACCUUUAGUGAAUCCAGGAUAAGCGAGUGGACAUUUCAACCCUUUACUAACCACUCUGUGGAUGGGCCACAAAGAGGCGCCUCCCCCAGGCUCUGGGACAUCAAGGUUCAGGUUCCCCCGAUGUUUCAGGAAGACACCAGGAAGUUCCAGGUCCCUCACUCGUCACUCGUCAAGGAAUGCCACAAAUGCCACAGGCGUGGGCGGUACAAGUGCAGCGGCUGCCAUGGGGCGGGCACGGUGCGGUGCCCGGCCUGCUGCGGAGCCAAGCGCAAAGCCAAGCAGUCCCGGAGGUGUCAGCUGUGCGCGGGGUCCGGCAGGCGGAGAUGCAGCACCUGCUCAGGGCGGGGGAACAAGACGUGUGCCACCUGCAAGGGGGAGAAGAAGCUGUUGCACUUCAUCCAGGUGGUCAUCAUGUGGAAGAACAGCCUAUUCGAGUUUGUGUCUGAGCACCGGCUCAACUGUCCCAGGGAGCUGCUUGCUAAAGCCAAAGGAGAAAACCUCUUUAAGGAUGAAAACUCGGUGGUGUACCCCAUUGUGGACUUCCCCCUGCGGGACAUCUCUCUGGCCUCCCAGAGGGGCAUUGCAGAGCACAGUGCCGCCUUGGCCUCCCGAGCCCGCAUCCUGCAGCAGCGCCAGACCAUCGAGCUGAUUCCCCUCACAGAAGUUCACUACUGGUACCAAGGAAAGAAUUAUGUCUACUACAUCUAUGGCACUGACCACCAGGUGUAUGCGGUGGACUAUCCUGAGCGGUACUGCUGUGGUUGUACCAUCGUGUGACAUAGCAGAGCUGUCCCCAGAGCCUGCCAUUCAUGUUUGCCAAGGAGGACAACCAAUGCUCUCCUAGUGUGCUCACCGCUGGCUGUAUUGGACAAUCAUAUACAAACCUUGGUAUGUCCUUCCAGAAAACCCAGCUUAUUGUUUAUCAAGCUCCACUUCCUUAUGCAGCCCCUCUGAUGGAAUCCAUCCCUCACAUGUUUAACCCACAAGAAUUCAGCCGCACAUGUUCCUGUAGAACAAAUGAGAGAAAUAAUUGAAAUGGCAGGGGUUUUGCCUCUGGUCUCCAAGUUAAUGCCCUGAUGAAGCGUGUGAUUUGAUUUUGCUUUUCUUUUUGUCAGUGUCCGUUCUGGUGUGCUGCUUCUAGUGGGAGCCUUUUGACAAUCUGAGUGUUACUAAAAUGUUUAAGGAUACACACAAAUUAUGUGACCCUAAUGCACAAUAAAUAGUGCACUUAGCCAUAAA